AGCUCCAUGCUCCAUACAGUGGUACAGUAGGCGGCGGCACGGACCUUCAAAGUCAUGCUUGCAACCCAUCAUUAAAACCAAAAGAAGAAGAAGAAAACGAGGAAGCGCUGCAUCGAUGGCUCUGCUUUCAGCUGCUCUUCCCUGUAGCCAGUCAGACAGUAGUAGUUGCCUCAGAUACAAUCCGUGUCUCUGUGCUGGAACUUCCUGGUAAGGUGGUGCUUUUCACCAGAAUCACCAAAAAAAAAAAAAAAAAAAAAAAGGAAAUUCGCUAGACUUGCAGCCGCCGAGCCUUGACGGAAUCUCGUCGUUGCGUUUCAACGUUAUUUCGACUGUCCCUUCGCAGAGAGGGGAUUCAUUAACGUCACUCACCAGCAAAGUGCUAGUUAAGCUAACGUUAACGUCAGGGCUCCGCUGUCUAUAGACAUGUCCGCUUCGGGUGGAUGCUCCCCGGCAGGCCAGGGCUCCGGUCUCGGCCCUGGUAUGUCAAUGUUUCGGUGGCUUGAAGUGCUGGAGAAAGAAUUCGACAAGGCCUUCGUGGACGUGGACCUGCUUCUCGGAGAAAUAGACCCGGAUCAAGUCGACAUUACGUACGAGGGUCGGCAGAAGAUGACCAGCCUCAGCUCCUGUUUCGCUCAGCUCUGUCACAAAACCCAGACGGUUUUCCAGCUCAACCAUAAACUGGAGGCUCAGCUGGUGGACCUACGUUCUGAGCUGACUGAGGCUAAAGCUGAGCGGGCAGCGAUAGAAAGGGAGGUCCAUGACCAGCUCCUGCAGCUUCAUGCUCUCCAGCUGCAGCUUCAUGCCAAGCAAGGCCAGGCUGAGGACUCAGACUCCAUCAAAGACAGACUGCCUGCACCGGCAUUGGAAGAGAUGGAACAGGAACUGGAGGCCAGCAAGAAGGAGAAAUUAGCAGAGGCGAGGCUGGAGGCAGAAGUCAGACUAUUUAAGAAGGAAAACGAGGCCCUCCGCAGGCACAUGGCAGUACUGCAGGCUGAAGUGUACGGCGCCAGACUGGCUGCUAAAUACUUGGAUAAGGAAUUGGCUGGCAGGGUGCAGCAGAUCCAGUUGCUGGGCCGUGACAUGAAGGGGCCAGCACACGACAAACUGUGGAACCAGCUUGAGGCAGAGAUUCACCUUCACCGCCAUAAGACCGUCAUCCGAGCAUGUAGAGGUCGCAAUGAUUCUAAAAAGCCUCUUCCCUCUCCUGUGGGGCAUGAACCAGACAUGUUGAAGAAAACCCAGGGAGUCGGCCCUAUAAGAAAAGUGGUGCUAGUCAAAGAUGAUCAUGAGGGGCUAGGAAUCUCCAUUACAGGCGGGAAGGAGCACGGUGUCCCCAUUCUUAUUUCGGAGAUCCAUCCAAGUCAGCCUGCAGACAGAUGCGGAGGUCUGCAUGUGGGAGAUGCCAUCCUUGCUGUCAACAGCAUCAAUUUGCGAGAUGCCAAACACAAGGAGGCGGUCACCAUUUUGUCCCAGCAGAGAGGACAGAUAGAGUUUGAGGUGGUGUAUGUGGCUCCGGAGGUGGACAGUGACGAUGAGAAUGUGGAGUAUGAAGACGACAGUGGCCAUCAUUACCGACUCUACCUGGAUGAAGUGGACAGCAGCAGCACGGCCCCCCCUGGCAACACCUCAGCAUCGCUGCAACGUCUGGAGAAGAUGACACUCAGCAAUGGACCAGAGAAUGGAGGAGAAACUGGGAUCCCUAAUGAGACACCUUCAGAUGAAACCCUUUCAAAGCCUCCUGAGACUGACUGCUCUUCCUAGAGCGGUCAAGCCACACCGUUGGUAUUUGAAUGAAAAGGACAGGAUUGGUGGGAAAAUCCCUCUCGAACAACUGAAUCAAAGAAGUUUAUGACAACCCUGGAAACAAGGGAAAAUAAAUGGAAACUCUCUGUUUUCCCUUUUUUCCUCUUGGUGUUCUGGGGUGGUGGGAUUUGGGGGUUUGGCCUGGGUAAGUAUUACAGCUAAAAGUGCUUUUUUUGAAGGAGCUAAAGUUGUGAGAUACGUAGAGGAGAGAGUGAUACUGAACAUUGUGUGACUUUUUGGGUAUUCUGCAUUGAGAUGCCGGUGGGAGUUGACUUGGUAGCUGUAUGUGAAAAAACGGCUAAAGGAAGUACCAAGCUGUCACGGGGGCACAGUGAAAUCAGGGAGGAAGAGAUUACUUAUUGUUGAAAAUGUCUUUAUGCGCCUUCUUCUUGAGAGACACUUGUAGAUUGUUUUAUUUUUUGUUCAUAUAGCUAUUCAUCUGGUCUGUCACGCCAUGACAAUACGAUAUCCUACAGGGAUGCAGACAGAGGCCAGGACAGUAUAUCAAAAAGGACAUUAAUGAAUAAAUUCUGGCAUUUUGUGAUCAUGUUUACAUAUUUUAGUGCGUAAAUGAUUUAUACUUACCAAAAUAGAUUGAUUCAGCUGGCAUCUGCACACAGCUGCCACGGCUGCAAAAUAAACCUUUGGGGAAUGACGAUAAAAGUCAGCUCCACUAAAAGUUCUUUUUUUUUUUGCUCACAAGCAGAAGCAGAAGUUAUUACUCUAAUAGUGUCCGACAGCUUUAUAAAAAAAUAUGUGCUAGACCUAUUUGUUGUUAUUUUUGUAACCAGAAACACAAGAACCACUCAAGUCUUACUCUGAAAUGUUGUGAAGUCAGUUGUUACAGUUCAUGACUUAUCCAGAAUGAUAUCAGCUGAAUGUCCAGCAAUCCAGAGCAAGACCUCUCCUUAAACAAAUCUUAAACAAAUGUUGUUUUUCUGGUUACAAAAAGGAUCUUACUCAUUUAAUCACACUCAGAAUAACAACCACAGCCAGUGAGAGGCAAAAAUGAGAAAACCAGCUCUUUCAGUGGACAUAACUUUGAUAAACUGAGUCACCCUAAAGCAUGACAUUAUAGCCGUUGCAGUUAUGUUGCAGCUUCUAGCUGAGGCAAUUUACUGGACCAAUUCCAAAAGCAGCAGCAGUAGUAAAGUAUGGUUUAUUUACACACCAAAAUAUCUAAACUUAUUUCCAGUUCUAAAAAUACCGGAAUUCCUCUUGAAUGAUUGUCUUCCAUAAAGAGAACGACAAAUCAGUUCUCGCUUCUCAGAUGUAAUUGAUCAUUUGGUCAUUGUAGAGAAAGCGCAAGGCUAUUGAAACUCUUUCACAUUGAGAUGUUCAAUAAGAUUAGCAAAUUGAAAAAAAAAACAAAAAAAAAACCUGUGAAAUAAAUAUUAAAUGGAAAGAAUUUUGUAAAAUCUUGCUUGUUGUCACCAAUUCACUUUCCAAGCUUUUAUGAAACGCGUGGAAAACUGAAAGCAGGGCCGGUUCGUUGUUUUCGGUGGAAUUGUGUGUCCUAGGUCUAUUUUCAAAAUGAUGUGAACUGAAGUUUGAAAGCUGAAAGGAACAGUGGGCAACGUGUCUUCGGAGCUGCCCAUGCUGAAUAGUGUGAGAGUACUUGACUCACAGCUGCUGAUUCUAUGUUUGAAAUGCUCAGUCUCUCUGUAGUUAUCCGUAAAAUUACACAUUUUGACACUUAAUAAUCUUUUUUCCUGUUAUACAACAGGCAGUUUGUAAUGGAAUGUUUUUAGGGGGUGUAAUUUACUCUCUGGUGACUGCUCUUGCUCUUUGACAAAAGUGUGCAACUGUUUUUUUUUUUGUUUUGUUUUUUUGCAUCCCACUCCAUCCAAAGGCGCUUGCAGAACCCUUCCAGAACUUCGGCAGUCUUUUCUCUAACUUUGUAGCGCACAGGCAGUGUCCUCUAACACCUCAGUAGUAUCCCAAAUCCAAGUUUGUAAUGGUAUGGUCAAGGUGUCCUUGUAAAGUCAUAAAGCCCUUCAGAGCCAGCAUUUUACAAAUCAAUCAAAUAACAACUAUGCCACAUGUACAUUUUAGGCUAAUUUUUUGUAGCUGGAAUAAGUUUUCCCUCCUCCAGAUAUUUUUAAAGUGUAAAUACUAAAAUAAAAAAAAGCAUGUUCAUACAAAUCUGAUGCCUGACAUUGCAAAUACUCUCAAGUCCUUGAGGACAUUCUAAUAACAUCAGUGACUGUACUUGUCAUACUAGUGUUUGACAACAAAACCCUGACCUGAUAUCAUAUCCUAUUUAUGAGGUGGUGAUUGUAGAUGUUCCAUUGACCCAUUAUCCUGACAUUGUUUUUUUUUUUUAACCAUGAUCCAUCACUAACAUAUUUUGGCAUGUCACUGUAUGCUGAAACUCCAGGGGUGGGCACAGUAACACUUGUAUGAUAUGCAACACUGAUUCUAAAAAAAAUGCUGUGUAAAAAUAAAAACGGAACACAAUCAUUUGCUAAUGAACUCAGUUUACCGACGGUUUCACAAAGUGUUGCCGAACCCAUGUAUUGAUGAUAUUCUUUAUACAAUCGUGUGUCAUGAAGCAGUGAAACCCAUCCAUGAAAGAGCCUUUUGCACCCGUUUACCUGAGGAAUGUUUCACCAGGUUUCUGCGAACUGUCCCAAUGAAUGAAAAGUCAAAAAAUCGAUGAAGUCGAUGAGGUAAAACAUUCAAUAAAUUGUCUUUGAACAUUUUCCACUCAGUAUGUCAAACAGGAUUAGCAAACCACCAUUGUUACAUUUCUGUUUUACACAGUGUCGCAACUUUAUUGGAAUCAGGUUUUAGAUGGAAUUGGAUACAAUCAUUCAUAACGAUGGGGUCUUUCUUUAACUGUGUAUUGUUGUGUAUUGUAUUUUAUUACUGAUUUUUUUUGUGUUGGAUUAUAUUCUGUUGUAUGAUGUAUUCUGUUGGGGACAGCUUGCAGUAUAAUGCAUUAAAAUACCACAUACUACUUUGAACUGGGUACACAGUGGAAGUUACUUCUCUCUGACAGACCGUUUGUGCUGUUUAAUGCAAAUCUACUCAGUUUAAUAGAUUAUUGUGCCCAACUCUUCCUCUACAAGUGUUCUAGGCCCGAAAACCUGAGUAAGGGGAACCGGUAGUAUGCCAUUACUCAUAAGCUUAAAGCAUUCAAAUGUUUCUUUACUUGUUUUUUGUUUUUUCUGUUCUGUUCUUUGCACUUGUUCUUUUUUCUUCAGUCUCCUUAUACACGAUAAGAUGUGCAUCUUUACAGCUAAUGUAUUUAAGUUAAGCAAUUUAUUGAGCCUUUGAAUAAAGUUGGCUAUAAUUUGG